GGAGCUUCGCGAGUCGGAGUCGGUGCCGCCGUGUGCCAUGGGCUGGGCUGAGGCGCCCUGAGGGGCCGCGGGGGCUGGGCCAUGGCCGGCGCUAGGGCCGCCGCCGCCGCCUCGGCGGGGACCUCUGCCUCCUCGGGCAGCCCGCCGCCGCCGGAGCCGGGGCUGGGGGAGCUGCUGGAGGAGUUCUCCCGGACGCCGUACCGGGCUAAGGACGGCGGCGGGACGAGCGGCUCCAAGGUUGAGCGCAUUGAGAAAAGAUGUCUAGAACUGUUUGGCCAAGACUACUGUUUCAGCGUGAUUCCAAAUGUGAAUGGGGAUAUCUGUGGCCACUACCCCCGGCACAUCGUAUUCCUGGAGUAUGAAUGUUCUGAGAAGGAGAAAGACACGUUUCAGAGUACCGUGCAGGUGAGCAAGCUACAAGACCUCAUCCACCGCAGCAAGAUGGCCAGGUGCAGAGGACGGUUUGUUUGCCCAGUGAUCCUGUUCAAAGGCAAGCAUAUUUGCAGGUCGGCCACGCUGGCUGGAUGGGGGGAGCUGUAUGGACGCUCUGGCUACAACUAUUUUUUCUCAGGGGGUGUAGAUGAUGCCUGGGCUGAUGUAGAGGACGUCACUGAGGAGGACUACACUCUCCGAAGUGGUGACGUGCAUCUUUUUGAUAAAGUCAGAGGCUAUGAUAUUAGGCUGCUUCGGUAUUUGUCAGUCAAAUACAUCUGUGACCUGAUGGUGGAGAACAAGAAGGUGAAGUUUGGUAUGAAUAUAACCUCCUCUGAAAAGGUGGACAAAGCCCAGCGCUAUGCCGACUUCACUCUCCUCUCCAUCCCAUAUCCAGGCUGUGAAUUUUUCAAAGAAUAUAAGGACCGGGAUUACAUGGCCGAAGGGCUCAUAUUUAACUGGAAGCAGGACUACGUCGAUGCCCCAUUGAGUAUCCCCGACUUCCUGACUCACUCUCUGAACAUUGAUUGGAGCCAGUAUCAGAGUUGGGACCUGGUGCAACAAACACAAAACUACCUGAAACUGCUGCUUUCUAUAGUUAACAGUGAUGAUGACAGUGGGUUGCUGGUACACUGUAUCUCAGGCUGGGAUCGGACCCCCCUCUUCAUCUCUCUCUUGCGCCUUUCCUUGUGGGCUGAUGGGCUCAUCCACAUGUCCCUGAAGCCUGCUGAGAUCCUCUACCUGACUGUGGCCUACGACUGGUUCCUCUUUGGGCACAUGUUGGUAGAUCGGCUCAGCAAAGGAGAGGAGAUUUUUUUUUUCUGCUUCAAUUUUUUGAAGCAUAUCACCUCUGAGGAGUUCUCUGCACUGAAAACCCAAAGGAGGAAGAGUUUGCCAGCCCGGGAUGCAGGCUUCACCGUAGAAGAUAUCUGCAUGCUGAGGCGAAGAGACCGAGGCAGUACCACCAGCCUGGGCAGUGACUUCUCCCUGGUCAUGGAGAGCUCUCCAGGGGCUUUGGGGAGCUUUACCUAUGAGACUGUGGAGUUGGUCCCGGCAGGAGCACAGACUCAGGCAGCUUGGAGGAAGAGCUGCUCAUCCUCCCCACAGAGUGUGCUCUGGAACCGGCCGCAGCCCUCGGAGGACCGCCUGCCUUCCCACCCAGGGCUAGCUGAAGCCAAGUCUUCCAGCUCCUCAUCCUCAAACCAUUCUGACAACUUUUUCAGGAUGGGCAGCAGUCCCCUGGAGGUUCCCAGACCCAGAUCAGUGGACCAUCCCCUGCCCGGAUCCUCUCUCUCCACAGACUUUGGCAGCUGGCAGAUGGUAACGGGCUGUGGCAGUAUUCAGGAACGGGCUGUCCUGCACACAGACUCCUCUCUCCCUUUCAGCUUCCCGGAUGAGCUCCCUAACAGUUGUCUGCUUGCAGCCCUGAGUGAUCGUGAGGCGCGGCUGCAGGAGGUGCGCUCAGCCUUCCUGGCUGCCUACAGCCGCACCGUGGGGCUCCGGGCAGCAGCACCCAGUCCCUCUGGUGCCAUUGGGGGUCUGCUGGAACAGUUUGUCCGCGGUGUUGGCCUCCGGGGCACCAGCACCACCACUUUGUGAAGCAGCCAGCCCAAAGUUUCCUGCUCCUCUCUCAGCUGAGCCUUAGUGGAAUCAAAGCCAUGCCUGGCCAAGGGAUACUUGGAGUUCCGGGGCGAGUCUCACAUCCCCGUUCACCAUGCACAUGGCAGCCCCAAAGCUGAGCAGGGCCAAGGACAGGGUUUUCUAACCCCCAGCCUCCUGACUGGUAACUGCUGCCCCUUAUCACUGCCUCUUACCUACCCCACUCUGCAGAAGUCCAUCAACUCAGAACUGUGUUGGAUUUCCCUGGGGUCCUGUAGCGGCCCUGACAUCAUAAAGGAGCCCAAUCUCAAUUCUUAUUUCCUGAGAAGGAGGGGUUUUCUGCACUGAGAAUGAGGUGACUUGACACCAAUCACAAAAUAAAGUCAAGGUUUUUUGGAACAGCCA